AUGAGCAGGCGACAAUCGCGUGUUUCAAUUGAUUCCCGUCAACAUGAUACCCUCCUGGAGUUCGAAAACUUUAAGAAGAAAUUCUUACUAGCCAACAAGCAUAUCACCAAACUCAAUUCAACUCUCAGUGUCCGGAUUGAGGAGCUUAACGCUCAGAUUUCCACGCUAUACGUGGAGAACCUUCGCCUCCGAGCGUCAGAGAUCGCACUGGCAUCGCAGCUAAAGCGCGAACGCGAAAGGUCAAGCAAGAUCAUAGCGGAGGCAGAGGCCGCUACACACAGCCUCAUUAAACAUUUGGGGCAUAUACGCAAAUCAUUCCAUGUGCCGUUUACACGUUCAUCUAGUCCUGAAGAGCCAGCACCCCGCCCGCGCGCGAAACGCCCCGUAUCAGACCCUAACGCGUCUCCACCAUCUAAUCGACUGGCUCGACCUCCCACUGUUCCAGAAAUAUACGAAGAUGACGAGACGAAUAUGUCUUCACCUGAAGACCCAGACGAUGACGUCCAAGAAGAGAAAGAUCCCACGCCGGUCCGACGUCGGAAAACCAAGCCACGCACUUCAGAUUCACGCCUCCCAAUCCUCACUCGGGUCGUCCCUUCUCCUGUCGAAAUAUCCCAAGUAGUUCUCGAGGAACAAGUGGGUAAGACAGGAAAACGCCAGCCUACCAGAAGGCAGAGCGGACUUCUUGCAAGCAUGUCGAUUACGACCGUAACGACAAGCGGUAUUGAUACUGGGACGGUCUCCCCUCGGCCUCCAAGUCCCGCCUUUGGAUCUCCAUUGCGAAGAGACGCUAUUCUUGCCGAAGAAGAGGAUGUGCCUGCAGUAGUCAAUGGGGAGGACGAAGAAGAGGAGGUUGAGGUUUUAUUACAGGCCGUGAGCAAACGUAUCAAGAAGGAGAAGAAGAAGGAGAAGGAAAAAGACAAGGAGAGGCACAGAGAAUUCAACACCAUUACCGAGCGACCAAGAGAACGAGAGCGUAAACGAUCGCGGGAUGCAGAGGAGCCUGGCCGUGAGAUGGAAGGCAGUAAGUCCAAACUCAAGGACGUUACAAAUUCUCGGGUUAGUCAACCACUUUUGUUCAACAUAGAUCAAGCUAGGAAUGAUUCUGAAAGGCAAUACAUACCAGACGACACUUCUCCCAUUGCCAGUGGUUCUGGUCACACUUCAUCGGAUGUAGUGCGCAGCAGCUUGCUGACACCUGCCGCCAAGCCAGCUUCCGACUCGUCGCACCUGCUAACACCGCGGACAUCUAGCCCCAUUCCACCCGCACCUGAUCCCGAGCCAACAGGAGGGCGCGAGAGGAGGGUCCGGAAGAGUAUCAACUAUGCAGAACCCAAGUUGAAUACGAAAAUGCGCAAACCAGACCCACCUGGCGCUUCAAAGCGGUCGUCAACCUCCUCCAGCGACGGCCGCGAAUCGCGAGGAUCGCCUGACCAGAUCGAUCCACAAUACCCACCAUCUGAAAUCCCCCCCACUGUGGGCAUAAAGCGCAAGAAAUCCAGAGCUUAUGUACUCCCUGAAGAUGGUGAAGAAAGCGAAGGUACGCAGGCCGAUGCCGAAUAUGGAGGAGUAAGAGGCGGGAGUGAUUGGGUCAACAUGGAAGGAAGAAGACGUUCCGUUCAGGGUAGCUCAACGCUCAAAUUUAAACGUCUGGAGGGUGACGAUUCAAGACGACAUAGUAUGGCCGUCUAG